GACGCCAUAGUCCCCAGCAAGUAAACAAAAAUUUGUGGCAUCGUUAAGGCAUGAUCCCGUCCCCUACAAUAUUUGGCUCAGUUUAAUGUCGUGUGUUACACUUGUUAAGUCGUAAAUAAGGCAACAAUGACUGAAACCGAACCUACGACCCGUGAAAGGGUUGUAGAGCUGUUGAACACUGCUACUUUUAUGACAUCUGAGAAGGAGAAGAUUGCAAAUUUAGCCAAGGUUCAAGAGCUUAUAAUUCAUCUUGAUCAAAAGCUUCUGGACUCCUUUUUUGAAGAAGUUGCCGCUUUUCAGACUGACCGCAACUCGGAUGUUCGAAAAUUUGUUGUUGGGUUCAUUGAAGAAGCAUGUAAGAAAGAUGUUGCUAUGUUGCCCAGAUUGGUGCCCAACAUACAGAUCCUACUGGCAGACAAUGCCAUUGCUGUAGUGAAACGCGUAAUUCAAGCAGCAGCACAACUGCACCGGGCAACCCUCGCUUGGCUGUCUUCAGCGCGAACCACAACUCCAGAGAUGGAGCAGGUGUGGCAUAUCAUUACACUGAUUAAGAACUCUAUAAUCUCUAUGAUUGAUCACGAUAAUGAUGGCGUGAGAACUCAGGCCAUCAAGUUUCUCGAGUCACUGGUUUUACUGCAGACGUACAAAGAGGCAGAUUCUGUUACCAGGGAAGGAGAGUUCAACUUGGAUCUUGUGCCCCUAACACUAAAGGCAGCUCGUCCUAGGAAACUGGAAGAAGAAGCUAGAAUGGUCCUUAAUAAGCUCAUCUCAUUCCAAGGUUCCCUGCAUAUCAGCAGUGUCAAUUUGAUGACGUGCAUGUCUUCUCUAACAAUCAUAGCUCGAGCCCGUCCUCAGUUUCUUGCCAAAAUCAUCAAUGCCUUGGAGAUUUUACAUGCUAACCUUUCCGCCAUUGACGAAGUCUCAGUGAACGAGCAACCUUCGCACGUUAGAAAACAUUUGAAGAUUCAAAUGCUAAAUCUUCUGAAGCAUCCAGCAUCUUAUGACCACCAUGAAAAUAUCACAACUGUUCUGAAUGACCUUGGUGUCACAGCAACAGAGGUUAACAAGAGUAUGCCAUCGAAAGACCAGAUACGCAAGAGAGUGCGAAGAGACAAGUCGUCAACCGAUGAAGGAGGAGGAGGAGAACCCUCGAGCAAAAAAUCUCGCAUCGACAAAGAUGAAAAGAAAGAGUCCAAGGAGGUUUCUGAGAAGCAGUCUGCUAUAGACAUCACACAACGCUGGCUGGUAGACAAGUUGACGACUGAAUCCGUCGCAUCCCUCGUCAUGGUUAAUAUGUUGAAUCUUCCCGAGGAAAUGCCACCACUUUUUAGUGCAGCUUACACACCUAUUACUGCUGCUGGAUCACAUACGCAGAUCCAACAUAUGGCUCGACUCCUGGCCUCCCAGUUAACUGCGGCUGGGAUAGGCCCUGGAGUGGAACAAGUAAAAGAAGAUGAGGUAGAAACUGCUCAUGACAGUGACGAAGAGGUGAACAUAAGGAGGUUGGUGUCCGGAUAUACAGAUGAGGUACAUACUCAGCCAGCAGGACCAGUCCUCACCCCUGCUGGAGUUAUAGGAAGGCCAAUGAGGCAGAAAGUCCGAACAAUGAAGUUGGCAGAGGUCACCAAACCAUUACCAUCACCUGCAAACAACAAAAUGCAGCUGGUUCUCUUGCGCCGUCUGCUCCGUUGCGACAAGAUGCUGUUGCAGGGUAACGCCAAAGGUGCGAUGCGGAUUGUGUCCGUACUCUCGGGAUGCCUCUCGCCCCAGGAAUGUGAAGAGUUAGAGGAUUUCAUCCUUGAUGACAUGGCUAACCACAUGGAGCUCAUGUUGUCAUGGUUAUACGCAGAAUAUUCUGUCUCCCACGAGUUCUCCAAAGUCCACAGCAUUCUUCACAGCCACAGCAAACCAGGCACGAAAAAGGAAAAGAAUUACACCCAGAUAUUCACAAGCAUUAUAUCGAAGGCCAUUGCUAAAAGAGUCAAUAAAGAAACGGAAGAGUUUUUCCUUCGUCUCUUCCUGGAAAGUCCAGUGGUGCCUGAAGAAUCCGUCACGUCCCUUAUUGCUUUAGGAAGAUGUGCAGGAGAUAUGAUUCUAAAUAGUGAUUUAUAUGGACCUACAGUAAGAAUAUUAAAAAACAUAAUACUUUGGAGACCCCCAAUAUCAAAACCAGCAAUUAGAGCACUUUGUCUGUUGGCAUCGCAUGAUCAAGAACAGGUCAGAGAACAGGUCAUACCAGUUAUCCUGGAACUCUGCAAGGAUGAUGAAAGCAUACAGGAGGCAGUGGCACAGGUUGCCACAAAUUACUUAAAAUAUCUUUUGUUGGAAAGUCCUCCUGAAGUCCUCUGCUUGCAUGAGUUAGGACGCCCCAACAAGGAAGUAGAGUGGGCCGAGACAUCCGUCAAGGCUUGCUUAUUUUUGUAUUUGGCAUUGUUACCCAUGAAUCAAGAACUUAUUUACGAGUUAGCACAAGUUUACGUCAAGACAGUGAACGAAGCCAAGAGGGCCAUAUUGAGAAUGUUGGAGGGGCCUAUCCAACACAUGGGAAUGAACUCGCCACAUUUGCUCAAGCUCGUUGAAACAUGCCCGAAGGGAGGAGAAACACUUAUCACAAGGAUUAUUCAUAUACUCACUGAAAAGGCUCCACCUAGUGAAGCGCUUGUGUGUCGUGUCAGAGAACUGUACAACCGACGUGUAUCAGACGUAAGAUUCCUCAUCCCUGUCUUGACAGGACUUAGCAAAAAAGAAGUUAUAGCUGUAUUACCGAAACUGAUUAAGUUGAAUCCACAUGUCGUAAAAGAGGUGUUCAACAGGUUAUGGGGAGUGACUUUAGACACUGGAACAUCUCCGCUAACUCCUGUGGAUUUAUUAGUGGCCCUCCAUCUAAUUGAUAAUGAAAAGUGUGAUGUCAAGACUGUGAUUAAAGCUACUAGCUUGUGUUUUGCCGAACGUAAUAUUUACACAGCUGAGGUGCUGGCUUUUGUGCUCCAGCAGCUGAUGGAACAGCCAAAUCUACCAACUCUCUUCAUGAGGACAGUAAUUCAGACUCUUACUCAUUAUCCCAAACUCUUAGGAUUCAUCAUGAAUAUUCUUCAGAGGCUUAUUGCAAAGCAGGUUUGGAAACAGAAGAAAGUGUGGGAAGGUUUCAUCAAGUGCUGCCAACGUGCUACACCCCAGAGUUUCACCGUUCUCCUCCAGCUCCCAGCUGAGCAACUUUCAGAUGUAUUCAGCAGUGCACCAGAGUUGCGCACACAGCUGGGACAACACCUUUCUACAUUAACUGAUAACCAGCGAGCACACAUCCCAGUAAGCCUUUUAGAUGUAAUAGAAGAGAAUUCCAAUGGUACGUCAGAAAUGACCUCAGAGCCACCACCACCAGGAAUAAAGGAUUGAUUUUGCACAGCGGUACUUGGCAUUCCCGGUGCAUAAGAAGGCCCAAAAGAUCUGGAAAGCAGCGAAUGUUGUUUGUCAUAAGUUUUGAGGGUCACUGCAAGGUUGAUUAAUUAUAAUAUCAUUUUAGCUCAGGCCAACUGCCAUGUAGGCUGGUCUGAAAGUCAAUAAGUGUUUUACUCAUUUUUUAUUGAGGGAUUUGCUAAAUUUUUUCAGAAUCUUGAAAUGUUUAAAUUGAGCUUUCCAUUGACCAUCUAUAAGCUGCCAGGUAUGAUUGUAAUAUACAAACAUGAUGCUCUGGCUCUAAAAAUCAACUCCUCUGCUCAGGGACCCCUGUACUAUUUUCCUGCAUCAAAGGAAAGUUCAUUCUAAUCAUUCCUAGUGAAAAAUUGUUAAAACAAAAUUAAUAUUAAAAUAUAAUUUAUAUGAGUAUAUGUAUUUAAGUAAUUAAAGUGUAAACCUUCUUUUAAUAAUUUAUAUAUAUAUAUAUAUAUACGUAUGUGUAUUCAAGUGAUGAUUAAUUAGUAAUAGUAAACCUUUUAUCCUUCAACAUAAAACUGUGUACUGGAUUGAAAGCCAGUCCCAAUACUUUCAUACUUUUUAUAAAAUGUGAACAACUAUGUAAUAUAAUGAAUUUUUAUAAGGUUAAAAUGAGCAAAGAAACUAUUCUUUGACACUCAAGAGUUUUGUAAUUUAAACUAUUCUUCACUGGAACAGGAAAUAUGCUUGGCUCAACCUUUAAAGUCCUAAUUGCUCAUACACGGUGCAAUCCUUUCAGUCUACGUAUGGAAUAAAUCUCAGCUGCCAGCUGGAAACUGGUUAAAAAUGAUUAGUUGUAAUCAUUUCCAAAAUCAUUUCACCAGAACAAAAUAUUAUUGUUUUACAUCUGGUCAAAUUCUUUUGACUCACCUUUGCUUAGAGAGUUGCAUCAAAAACUGCCACUCUCAUUGUCACGUUAAUAAACGUGACCAGAA